AUGGAUGCAUCAGUGGUCUACGCUGACUUAAACCUAGCCAGGACCCAAGAGCCUAAGCAGGCAUCCCCUCCAGCUCCUCUCCCAGACAGCUGCCGGUGCCCACGCUGGCAUUGGUUGGCUCUGAAACUCGGCUGUGUUGGGCUGAUCCUUCUUGUCCUGACUGUGAUUGGACUUGGUGUCUUAGUACAAAAAACGCCAGUAGGAAAAGGCAUUCAAGAGAACAAGAUGAAAACAACAGACGAAAAAUGCAAUGUGAACCUAAAGUGCCCCAAAGACUGGCUGCCACACCGAGAGAAAUGCAUACUGUUUUCUCAAGAGAACGGUGUUUGGAAGGACGGUCUGUCUAACUGCACUAGAAAAGGAGCCACUUUGCUGCUCAUUCAAGACCAAGAAGAACUGAGCUUCGUAAAGGACUUGAUAAAGAAAAGAGGACAUUCAUUUUGGAUUGGACUAAAUUACACCUUGCCAGACAAGCACUGGAGAUGGAUAAACGGCUCUACUUUAAGCUCUGAUGUAGUGGCUGUUCUCUUCCUCCUCAAAUUGAACAUCAUAGGCGAUGCUAUAAGAAACAGCUGUGUCGUUGUCUCAAAGGACAAAGUGGUUUCAGAAAGCUGUGAUUCAGAAAACAAGUGGAUCUGCCAAAAGAAACUAAAACAUCUCUGAAAACACAUGUAAUGACUCCUGCCUGCGAAUCCCGUCUUGAUUACUUUAUCAUACAGAUCUCUGCCCUCCCUCUAUCUAGGCUGCGGGCCCUCCCAGUGUACAGCAAAUUGCUGUGAUUCUUCCAGAUGCCUCUGUCUGGUUUCUUUAUUCUGUAAAGGGGACAAGAUGCUGAUUUGCCAUUCUAAGAGAGUUGUUCUGUGGAAAGACGCACAGGCAAGCUGAGGGGCACUGGAUUCUAACCCUG